GACUGUGGCUUGCAGCUCAAUGACGAGGAAGGCCAUCGUUGUUACCCAUUAGAGGGCCACUUGCUCUGCCACGGCUGUCACAUCAGGCGCCUGAAUAUUAAACUGCCAUCGCAUCCACCUCCGAGCUAUCCGAUGCAUGUCACGGAACUCUGA